AUUACUUGACUUUCAGAUCAGGGUUUGCCGUUUGGAGAACAUUGUUUCAGCCUCUGUCGUUGGACUGUAUGCUUUUUAACAGAUGGGUACCCCAGUAAAGGAUGUUGUGAUUCCUGACAAUGCACAAAAGACUCUGCUGCUUCAGAAACAUGCUGACUACAUAGCUGCAUAUGGGGUCAAAAAAGAUGACUAUGAGUACUGCAUAACAGAAUAUUUGCGGUUGAGUGGAAUGUACUGGGGUCUGACAGUGAUGGACCUAAUGAAACAGCUGGACAGAAUGAACAAGGAGGAGGUUCUCCAGUUUAUUCAGCAGUGCCAGCACGAGUGUGGAGGGCUGGGUGCCAGUAUAGGUCAUGACCCCCAUCUUCUGUACACACUUAGUGCAAUACAGAUCCUCACAAUGUAUGAUGCUUUAGACGUGAUAAACACAGAAAAAGUUGUUGAGUUUGUCUGCUCUCUUCAGCAGGAGGAUGGCAGUUUUUAUGGAGACAAAUGGGGUGAAGUGGAUACUCGUUUUUCUUUCUGUGCUGUUGCCUGUCUUGCUUUAUUGAACAAAUUAGAUGCCAUAGAUGUAGAUAAAGCUGUAGAAUUUGUGCUAACUUGUAUGAACUUUGAUGGUGGGUUUGGUUGUCGACCCGGAAGUGAGACUCACUCUGGACAGGUCUAUUGUUGUGUGGGGAUGUUAGCUAUCACUGGAAGACUGCAUCAUGUGAAUGCUGAUCUGUUAGGAUGGUGGUUGUGUGAAAGGCAACUCCCCUCAGGGGGUCUGAAUGGACGGCCUGAAAAAUUACCAGAUGUGUGUUACUCUUGGUGGGUACUAGCGUCCCUUAAGAUUAUUGGAAAAAUUCAUUGGAUAGACAAGGACAAACUAAUACAGUUUAUUCUAGCUAGUCAGGAUGAGGAGACGGGAGGGUUUGCUGAUCGUCCUGGGGAUAUGGUAGAUCCCUUUCACACACUUUUUGGGAUUGCUGGUCUAUCAUUACUGGGAGAUGACAGAAUCAAGCCAGUGAAUCCCGUGUUCUGUAUGUCAGAGGAAGUGAUUCAGAGGGCGGGAAUAAGAGUAGAGCUGUUGUGAAGGAAACUACAAAUCAGGGUUAAAUACAAGCAACUACUGUGAUAUGAACACAUACACACACUCGAUCUAACACUUUUUUAAAGUGCUUAUUUAAAGGUUAUGAAAGGCAUUAAAAGUAAGCUACACAAUCUUUAUACAUGUACCAGGAAAGGCCUGUUAAAGACCAGUGAGUCAUUGAUGAAUUUUAUAAGAAGUGUAUCUAAACAUGUUUUGAAAAACAAUUUUAGAUUUACUUACACAUAUGGUUAGUUCCCUUUUACCUUGAUAAGAUAUUCACAUAGGUAAUGUAUAGCAGCAAAUCCCUUUAACAGAUUCUUCAAAUAAAGUACAUGUAUGUUACUGGAUAUACCCUAUAUGUAUGUCAAAGACACUAAGCAUGCAAAUGUUUUCUCUGUACAUGUACUAAAUAUCAUUUAUAUAUAAUCAUUUAAUUAAUAUGUUAAAUAUAAUUGUAAUGAAGAUGUCAGUAGAUUUAUAGUAAAGUUAACAAAAAUCAUGGUGUCAAUAUAUAUUGUUUUGUUUAUUGUAUUUAGAAAGAAUUAAUUUAAACUGUACAUGUCCUAAUCAUUAUUUAUUUUUCAAUGCAUAUAUUUACAUUUCAUACAACUGUAUAAUGUAAAUUUCAUUUGUUAAGGGAUAAAGUUGGUGAAAUUCAUAUGCUAUUUUUUUAAUGUGCAAUUGUGAUCAGAUCUUUAAUAAACAAUAAGAUGAG